AUGCAAAUUGCAACCGUCGUACUCGGCUUUCUCCAAAUCUGCUCCGGCGUUGUCCUUCUUCAACUUUCCAAGUCCGCCAAAGACGUCCCCGAUGCAGCGGUUUUCAAAGGCGACCUUGACCAAAUUCGCGAAGUCGCAACGCAACAAGAACCUGAAUCGGAGCCGAAGGCCGAUGCCAUCCGUGGCGCCGCCGCCAUUAUCCGCCGCCUAUCCACUCCUCGCCGGAACAUUGAGGCCGAAGAGGCACGCCGCUACCUCCGCGAACGGCAUGAAGACUGCCUCAAGCCACCGGGUGAUGACGAGAUUGUCGAAUGGGACGGCCUGCGCAGGCGCAAAACUGUCCUUAGCGAUAAAUCGCCUAGCCUUCGACGUCCAUCGACACCAUUACCGCCACUAGGAAUGUCCCGGUUUCCAGACGACUGGGAAGAAACUUCUCAGGUGUCGAACAACACCCAAUCUAUCCUCAACGAGGUCCGUUCGCGUGCAUCAAGCAUCUUGAAUUCCCCCUGGCGACCAAUCCAGAACAACGAGCACCACGAACCCUUACCAGUAUCAGAGCCAAGGGCCAUCGACAACAGCUACACUGGCUCUGACCAACUCACCCGCCCUCGCGGCAUUUCAUGGGCAGAUCAGGAUCAAGAUCACGCUCAAACUCAAGCCUCAUCUCACCUAACCGCCCCAGAGCCCCCACAGCACCGUCACUUCUCCUUCCAGCGAAUCUUUAACCGAUCAAAGUCCCCCGACGAUUAUCAAUACCAAUCCGCGUCUGCCUCAUCAUCAACCCCCAACCGCAGCCGCAGCCCACACAGUCCGACGCGCCGAGGUAUCCUGCGCCGGACACAUAGGCGGAUAAACACAUCAGAAGAGGAGCAGCUCGGUCUGGUACAAGGCGACACAGUGGCCUCCACUUAUAUGAACGAGAAGAUUCAGCGGAGCGACUCACAAAGUAGUCACGAAAGCUACGAUAGUGACCCGCAGGUUAUCCACCACAAUCACUACGAUGGGGAUGAGAAGCCCGAGUACCUCCCCACCGGUCGUCGCUUAGAUUUGGAAUCUCAUGAGGAGUCUCUAUACCCGCAACGGCUGCGAGUGAACCCGCUUCCACCGUUACCAGAUGAUGCUCCAUCUGCGGAGUCUCAUUUCCAAUCCUAUUCCCAGCGGGUUGGACUCGAGGGGUAUCAGCCCGAGCAGGCGCAGCCACAGCUAGAGCCAGAGCAGCAGCAACAACGACCAGAAGGACGAAGGUCGAGUAGCAGCAGGGGUUCAUUGCUGGCUGUCCCACGGAGACAGAGUGGGUGGCGUCGACACGACUCGGGGAGUAGCGGAGACAGCAGGGGUGGGAAUGGAAAUGGGCAGGGGGGAGCAUUUAUGUGA